GAUGCGACCCUGCUGCUGUUUCUUUGAUUGGAGGGAAACCCCGUGGAUGAGCGGGAGAGAUCAUCAGCUGUGCUGCCGGGUAUCAGGAGCAACAUCGUCUAACGACACUCACAGCCCACACAGGAGCCAUGGCAGACAAGGAGGAGCAUAUACAGAAAGCCAGACUGGCCGAGCAGGCUGAGCGCUAUGAUGACAUGGCCGCGGCCAUGAAGGCUGUCACGGAGGGGGACGCGGUACUUUCCAACGAGGAACGCAACCUGCUCUCUGUUGCCUACAAGAAUGUGGUGGGGGCUAGGAGGUCCUCAUGGAGGGUGGUGUCUAGCAUGCAGCUUAAGUCUGAGAACAGCGGGAAGACUGCACUGGCCAAGGCGUACAAGGAGAAGAUCGAGUCUGAGCUGAAGGACAUCUGCAAAGAAGUACUGAACCUGCUCGACGAUCAUCUAAUCCUCAAAGCUGCGACUCCUGACAGCAAAGUCUUCUACCUGAAGAUGAAAGGAGACUACUUCCGCUACCUGGCUGAGGUUGCCUCUGAAAACGAUAAGCAGGAAAUCAUCAACAGUUCACAAGACGCCUACCAGGAUGCCUUGGACAUCAGUGCCAAAGAAAUGCCACCCACGCAUCCCAUCCGCCUAGGCCUCGCUCUUAACUUCUCUGUCUUCUACUACGAGAUCGUCAACUCACCUGAAAAGGCCUGUCAUCUGGCCAAGACGGCCUUUGAUGAGGCCAUUUCCAUGCUGGACACCCUCAACCACGAGUCCUACAAAGAUAGCACCUUGAUCAUGCAACUGCUCCGUGACAAUCUGACACUGUGGAUGUCAGACACCCAGGGUGAAGGUGAGGGAGAGGAGACGGAGCCGGAACCAGAGGCGGAGCCAGAAAAGGAGCCGGAGCCGCAGCCAGAGCCAGAGCCACAGGAGGAGCCGGUAGCUGAGAAGAAAUGAACUUCGGGGGCAAAAAAACAAGAAAAAUACAUUUUGUACCUCUCACCAGCCUAAGUUGUGUGUGUGUGUGUGUGUGUGCACAUUCAUGCACAGAUAUGUAUGUUUACACUCCACUCACAAUGUGUAAAGUACAGUAUGUGUGUGCAGUGCGUGUGUGAAUUGUAUGAGCACCUCCACAGAGAAAAGAAUGGAAUAGAUCUGUUUUUUGUUUCUUUUGAACAUUACUCAUUAUGUCAACCAGUGGAUAUUUUUGUUUCUUUCCAUGGUUUAGUCCAGAUGAAAUCCCUCCUUUUUAGAUCCAAACCAGCCCCAUGUUCUUUAACCGUAUUCACUGUAGCAAACUGCUGCUGUUGCAGAGAAAACUAUAAAAAAAAAACUUUAAAAAAACCCUCUGUAAUUUUGAUAAUUUAUAAGUUUUUACUUGAACUCGACAUUUACAAUCUUUGUGACACUUGAGUCUACAAAAUCUUUUGAAGCAUGUAAACUGUAAACAAAUAAAUAAAAAAUGGUCACAGUGGUCUAAAUUCACUAAACUGUUGGCCUCAUCACAAUGGCAAUGAUCUUAUAGCUGGCAAAAUCGACCUUGGUAAAGAUCUAUUACCAUAUUGCGUGAAUCUAUCUCGCCCCGUCAAUGUCCAGUGUAGCAGGUAGUGCUUUUAUGGAUGGUACAUGUGUCAUGGCUCAGUGGGUUCUGUGUGCAUUUGGGCAUAGGAAGGGGUUCUUUUUUGUAUGAAUGGCCACUUUUGGAAAUUGUGGUAAAACUUGGGUUGAUUGUUUUGAGAGGAUUACAUUCCAUUUAACUGACAUCUUUUCACUUGGUGAAAUGUGUAGACUAUAAUUUCCUGCAAUUUUCCACAACACAUGACAAGGUAUAGACGGCCUAAGAUAAAGUAAACAACUUGAAAAAAAUGGCUCGAUACUGUAACUUUUGAUAUUUUAUCUUUUCAGCAGUGCAGAGGAUACUUUUGCCAUGUGCUUUUAUGUGGCUUUCUACUCUUUUUCUAUUCAGGUGUUUUGUAUUUUCUUUUUGUGUAUUUUAUUCCCUUUGACUCCUGGAAUGUAUGUGGUUCUCAGUAUGGUAUGAGGGUUAGCCGUGCUUUGAAACUGGCAGGUUUUGCUUAGGAUUUAGCUUGAACCAGGUGGUUUACAGUAACAUUUACCUUUCUUGAAAGUACAUUGUGAAAACUAAAACUAAAACAAUGCUAAAUGUAAACUGAUCAUCAAAGUAACUUGGUAGAAAGCUGUGUUAUGACCAUUUAGUAGUCAAGAGUAGUGCCAGUUUCUUCUAAUUACAGUAUCUUGAUUUUAAAAGAUGGGAUGCAGGAUUCAGAACACUUUUGAGUACGUCCUUUGGUUAUGUGCUUUUUAUGUAAGUGGAAUUAAAACAUUAAAAUCAAGUGUGCUGUG